CCGGUCACCCGGUCUCCCGUCAUCAUCACCAUGACGUUCAACCGGAAGCUGCUCCUUGCUGGGCUGGCGGUGGGCAUCACGUCAUAUGCGCUGUACAAACUCAGCAAGAAGAAGGAGAAAGAGAAGCUGCAGCAUGGGCAGCAGUACCACUGGCAGCCAACCGGUCAUCAUGCGGCCCCAUGGGCCAUAGCUGGAGCAGCCGCCGGCGGAGUGGCAGCGGCUGGUGGCGCAGCUUACUAUCACCACCAUCACCAACAACAACUACAACAACAGCAGCAACAGCAUCACCCCCAAAUCGCCCACUCAGCUGGUACACCGACCGGCGAUGUCUGGUGGGCUUCAUUGCGAGACGCCAACCACAUUGCGGACCUACUCAGCGCCUGCGUUGUCGAUCAGAACCUGUACGCCUUCUACAACUUCGACCGCAUCAGAGCCAUUGCCCAGCAGAUCGCGGCGAGCGGUGCACUGGCAGAAGUGUGCGAAUCCUGGCAGCUUCCACCCUCGCUUGGUCAGGACCUGGUCAAGCUGGCCCUCUUUGAUGUUUCCUUCCUCUUGGACGACUCGGCGUCGAUGCGCAGCGAGGGUCAUCUCCGGCGGGACACGCUCCUUUCGAUUCUCAAGCGAGCCGCCGAUGCCGCCGGUCGCUUUGACCGCGACGGCAUGGAGGUGCUCUGGAUGAACGGCCAAAAGCACGCACCGGAGAGGAUCCACACGGCUGACGAGGCAAAGAAUCUCGUUUCGGCAUGCAAGUGGCAAGGAAACGCAACCCCGCUGGGCGACUCGCUCCAACGGCUGAUCCAGGCUAAUGUUCUGAACAAGGCUAAGCAUGGUCAACUGCACAAGCCCGCCCUCGUCAUUGUCAUCACCGAUGGCAGACCCACGGGGCCCACUGAGCACAACAAUCGCAUGUCGCGCGUCGUCGCCGAUGCAAAGGCCCAGCUGGCCGCCACGCCGUACGGAGAGGAUGCGCUCAGCCUCUCCAUCGCCGCCGUAGGCAAUGACGACGAUGCCCAGAGUUGGCUCGAUUUCAUCGAUGCCGACCCGCACAUCGGUGGUCUGGUCGAUGUGACGUCAGACAGGCGCAAGGAGGCUGUCCAGGUCAGGCGCGCCACGGGCAUCGAGCUGACCGACGACCUCCAUGCGCUCAAGGUGCUCUUGGGAGGCAUCGACAGCAGCUUUGACGCGUCAGAUGAGGGGGGAAAACACUCGAAUCUCAAGCUGGCCGCGCGAGGCGCUCAACAGCAGAAGCACCAGCAGCAUUUUGAGGCCUUUGAAGCACAGAGGUGGCAACAGCAGCGCGACGAGGCACUUCGGGCAGGAGUGGCACCACCCCAGAAGCCGCCAUUUGUACGCGACGAGGCGCUUCCUAUUCAUCCUGCGGGCGCAGCUUUUCCUCCAGUUCCUUCGUCGCUCCCAUCGGCACCGUAUGGCCAGGCGAACCUAUCAACAUAUCCCGGCCAGGCACCCUCUGCCUCGACUUAUCCAGGGGAAGCUCCCUCAAACUUUGCUAGCCAGAGCUCGUAUCCGGGGCAAGCGCAGUCAUCGUACCCUGGUGGGCCCCAGGCUCCGUUUGCCGGAGGUAUGGGUGCCACUGGUCAAUCCACGUACCCUGGCGGACCAGGAAUUGGACAGCAGUCCUCCUACCCAGGUGGACCUGGCAUUCACGGUCAGUCUUCUUAUCCCGGAGGCCCGGACAUUGGCAGCGCACCGCCGCCCUAUGCCAUGGCAGACCAGUACCCCAGCAACAGCAAUUUCACACCUACUGUGGGCGGCUUUGCCAUGCCCUCGGGACCAGGAGGUGCGGCGACGCCAAAUUCUUCCUAUCCAGGACAGUAUAAUCAGCAGAACAAUCAAGGCGGUGGGCCAGGCUUUCCCUCUGCAUUCCCUUCUUCCUAUCCAUACCAGUAAGCGGCCCCCUCCUCCGGAAAAGUCAUGUCCUACUAUCAUGUCCCUCUGCAGAAUGCAUUGCUUGGCAAUCUUGUAC